GAGUUACUUACGUUCUAUAGUUUCUUGUUGCGCUGCAGAGUACAGGCUGUUGUUCCUGCACGUGGCGUGUUAUUCACACUUGUAAAAUCUUCAGCUGUGACAUAUGAAGAAUAAGAAGUGACAGUAGAGCGACACAGAGUCUUUAUCCUCACAGUGCAGCGGUGGAUUCAGCCUGUUUAAGCAGGAGGAGCAGUGAGUCCUGAGGCUGUGCUACCAACCAGGAUUUCAUCUGAUCCAGGACAACCUGAGAUGGAUACUUGCAAAUCUGUGAUAUUCUGCUGGAUUCUGCUCGUCUGCUUUUCACCGGCUGCAUAUACAGACCAGAAAACGAUCACAGCUGAGUCUCGACAAAACGUCACUCUGACAUGUCGAGCUCCAAACAACAACAUCAUUGUUGUUGUAGAGUGGAGCAGAGCUGACCUGAAGGAAGAAUAUGUCCUCUUGUACCGAGAUGAACAGUUUGAUCCUGAGGACCAGCAUCCAUCUUUUAAGAACCGGGUGGAUCUGCAGGACAGACAGAUGAAGGAUGGAGACGUGUCUCUGAUUCUGAAGAAUGUGACGACUGCUGAUAGUGGAACAUAUGAGUGUCGUGUCUUCAUGAGAGGAGCAAACCGCAGGAAGAGAGCUCAUCUGAAGACUGAGCCCAUCACCACCAUCAGCUUAAAUGUUUCUCCAGGUCAGCCAGGAGGACUCACAGAGGGUGGAGGGAAGGAGGAUGGAGUUGGUAGGAAUCAUCAUGGUGGACCGGUAGUUUUUGGUUUGCUACUUGCUGUGAUCAUUGUUGUGGUUGCUGUUGUGAUCUUUAAACAGUAGAAGAAGGCUCUUCCUCUUCAUGAUGAAGAAGCAAAGCAAAGAAGGAGAUGAUCUGAAAGCACCAUGAGAGGAGAGAGAGCGAGCACAUUAAAAACAAUAUAAAAAAGAUAGAUAGAUAGAUGAGGUUUCCUUCAUGAGGAGAACAAACAGAAUAUAAACCAGUGUGUUUACAGUGAAUGUGUCAGGUCUGAGCUGCUGUGUGGACCAGUUAGAGAGCAGCAGCUGGAUUCCAGUGGUUGGACUGGUGGACGACUUCAGUGAGGAGUAGAUGACAUUUGGCUCUGGUAGAAACUCUGCACACACAAACACAGCAGCUGUCCUUCCCAUUUCUUUCACUUUUUUUUCUUAUUUUCACUCUGAAAGAUGAAAAAUAGGAAAGUUAAACAACAAAUGGACAGACUUUAGUUUGUAUUUUGAUUCAGGGACUGGAAGCGGGGCUGAGGAAGAGCAGCAAGCAGGACUCUGACUGACUUGUUUGACUGAAAGUGAAUUCAUUUGUUUAAUUUAAUAUCAGAACAUGUUUGAGUUACAUUUCAUUAUAUCAGCAUGGUAACAGCUCCACACCGUCUGAUAAGUUUAGGUUACUCGUACUAGAGACCAUAUCAUCCCAAUUCUUCAACAGCUGGUUGACCAUAGAAGCCAGGAUAAACUUUAAAAUGUUA